UGAUACUGGAAUGUGUACAGGAGGCUGCAAACCAGGAUUUUACGGAAAGGAUUGCAAAACAGGUAAAGCUUUCUUUAUUUUCACUGAUUAAAACACGGGGAAUAUACAUAUAAAUCUCUAUACAUAUAUAUUCGCCCACGCUUUAAGAAGGGUGGUCCUGAAAUGAUGGGAAGGAAAUGAUAAAUUGAUGGUUUUUUUGCUCGUCCUUUGUCACACAAUACCCCUUCCAUGUUUACACACUGCUGUAUAGCCUUCAUGAACAUCCCCUCCAUUUACACGCACUGACAGUAUAGCCGUUCCAAACAUCAUUUUAAUGUUUACACACUGACACAAUUGCCAUCUUAAAGAUCCCUCAACGUAAACAAAUUCAAAUAUUUAGCCUUUCCAAACAUCACUAACAUGUAAAAACUAACACAGCAACCAUCGAAAACUUCACUUCCAUUUGCAAAGUAACACAACAUCCUUCGUAAAAUCAUUUCCAUGUGCAAACUAACACAACAGCCAUCCCAAACAUCACUUCCUCGUUUCACAAUGACAUUGAUGCCACUGCUCGCACUUCUUUCAUUUUUUCAUAUCCAAAAUAGUCGUCUCGCUCAAGACUUCCAAUUAACUUAAUAACAGAACGAUGAUCUAAAACGUCCCUUCCACUUGUAAACACAAACGAAGAAAACAUAGCACAUGUCUCUUAAAUGUAUACAAAUCAACACAGUAACCCUUUUAAAACAAACCUCCACGUAUACAUACUAACACAGAAGCCCAAUCAAACAUCCCUUUAUUCUGACCCCCAUUCAAACAAACAAAAGAAACAAAAUUCUUUAAUACCUCUCAAUCACAAUUAUCCAAAGAUUAUUUUCAUCUGGACACAUGAUUGAGUUUACAAGAGGCAUUUUAUUCAUGUUUAAUCAUUAUUGUUGUUGUCACUGCCUCUGCAUAAACACAUUAUAAGCACUACUACUUUUAAAAAAAUGCAAACGGAAAAAAUUAUAAAUUUAUUAUAAUUUUUAAAUAAAUGUAUAUACCUAAACAAGGAAAAAGAACCUGUAAUUUUACUGCACACGUUCCAUUGAAUAUAAACUUGACACCGAGGUGAGUAAAAUUAUUAAAUUGAUAUCACUUCCAACAGCUUGCCCCGUAAACUGCCAAAAUCCUGUGUGUGCAGCUGAUACUGGAAUGUGUACAGGAGGCUGCAAACCAGGAUUUUACGGAAAGGAUUGCAAAACAGGUAAAGCUUUCUUUAUUUUCACUGAUUACAACACGGAGAAUAUAUAUAUGUAAAUCUCUAAACAUAUAAAUUCGCCCACGCUUUAAGAAGUGUGGUCCUGAAAUGAUGGGAGGGAAAUGAUAAAUUGAUGUUGUUUUUGCUCGUCCUUUGUCACACAAUACCCUUUCCUUGUUUACACACUGCUGUAUAGCCUUCAUGAACAUCCCCUCCAUUUACACGCACUGACAGUAUAGCCGUUCCAAACAUCACUGCAAUGUUUACACACUGACACAAUUGCCAUCUUAAAGAUCCCUCAACGUAUACAAAUUCAAAUAUUUAGCCUUUCCAAACAUCACUAACAUGUAAAAACUAACACAGCAACCAUCGAAAACAUCACUUCCAUUUGCAAAGUAUGUUGUGUUACUUCGUAAAAUCAUUUCCAUGUGCAAACUAACACAACAGCCACCCCAAAACAUCAAUUUCAUGUACAAACUAACACAGCAGCCAUCCCAAAUAUCACUUUCAUGUACAAACUAACACAACAGCCAUCCCAAACAUCACUUUCAUGUACAAACUAACACAACAGCCAUCCCAAACUUCACUUUCAUGUACAAACUAACACAACAGUCAUCCCAAACAUCACUUUCAUGUACAAACUAACACAGCAGCCAUCCCAAACAUCAUUUUCAUGUACAAACUAACACAGCAACAUCCCAAACAUCACUUUCAUGUACAAACUAACACAACAGCCAUCCCAAACAUCACUUUCAUGUACAAACUAACACAGCAGCCAUCCCAAACAUCACUUCUAUGUACAAAGUAACACAAGACCCUUCUUAAAAUCAUGUCCACGUACAAACUAACACAACAGCCAUCCCCAAACAUCACUUUCACGUAAUGGCAGGGAGAUUGAAGCCAUCUAUAGCAUUCCUUUAAUGUAUAAAUAUGAACACAGUAUCAAUCUCGCUCAACCAUUCAAAUAUACUUAAUACUACAUCACUUAUCUCGAAUGUAUACAAACUCACACAGCAGCCACCACAAAUGACCCAAACACGUAUACACAAUAACUCCGUAGACUUUUUCAACAUCCUUUCAUUAUGAUUCCGCAUUCCCACAUAAAAACCGCCUUUAAUAUCUGUUCAUCUUAAUGACAUCCAUCGAACUGAUUAUAUUCAUGCGGACACUGGACUCAUUUUAGAAAAGGAUUUUUUUUAUUUAAAUUCAUGUAUACACUUUAUUGUUGUUCUCACUGACUCUGCCUAAAAAACAUUAAAAGCAAUACUACUUUUGUAAAAAAUGUCAAGCAGGUAAAAAAAAAUUAAUCUCUUUCUUCAGAAAAAACAAAAUAAGCUUGAAAAAAGUAAAAAAAAAACCUGGAUAUUUCAUAGCAAAUUUUAGCUGGCAUGGAAGUAAUGGGUUCAAUUUUUGUUCAUUGCAAUACAGCUUAAACAGUGUGUGUGCUCAAGAUACUGGAUUGUGUACAGGCUGCAAACCAGGAUUCCUUUUUUAAAAAUUAAUCAACUUUAAGUAAAUAAGAUAUAUAUAUAUAUAUAUAUAUAUAUAUAUAUAUAUANCCAGUGAUUUUGAGAGUUUGAGAGAAAAGAGCGAUAACAAAUUAAGUUUGUUUCCAUUUAUUUCUCACACAACAGAUGUAUGCACACUAACACAAAAGAUAUCACAAACAUCACUUCCAUGUAUGCAUAUUAACACAAUGACCAUCCCAAGCAUCUCUUCCACUGACAUCGAUGACUCUUCGACAUCACGAGUCCCAUCACCCUGAGUGCUGGGGAUGUUAGCUUUGGUGGGGACUGAACUCCUGACCACCCGGGGUGCUGGUGAUGUUGGCUUUGGCAGGGACUGAACUCCUGACCACCUGAGUGCUAGGGAUGUUGGCUUUGGUGGGGACUGAACUUCUGACCACCUGGGAUGCUAGGGAUGUUGGCUUUUGUGGAGACUGAACUCCUGACGACACGGGGUGCUGGUGAUGAUGGCUUUGGUGGGGACUGAACUCCUGAACACCUGGAGUGCUGGGGAUGUUGGCUUUGAUUGGAAUUAAACUUCUUACCACCCGGAGUGCUAGGGAUAUUGGCUUUGGUGGGGAUUUAACUCCUGACCACUCGGGGUGCUGGGGAUGUUGGCUUUGGUGGGGAUUUAACUCCUGACCACCCGGGGUGCUGGGGAUGUUGGCUUUGGGAUGUUGGCUUUGGUGGGGACUGAACUCCUGAGGACCCAGGAUGCUGGUGAUGUUGGCCUUGGUGGGGACUUAACUUCUGACCACCCGGAGUGCUGGGGAUGUUGGCUUUGGUGGGGACCGAACUCCUGACCACCAGCGAUUUGGUUUAAGACAGUUUAGACCGCUCGGCCAUCCUAACACAGUAUAAACACAGUAGCCGUCUUAAACAACCCGUUCCUGUAUACAAACUAAAGCAAGACACACCUCCAACAACGUUUUAAAUGUACUCACUACUACAGCAGUCAUCUUUAACACCCCUUCUAUGUACACCAAUUUUUUUUUUUAAAGUAGUCUUUUUGUAUACCCUAACUUAGUCGCCUUCCAAAACAUCUGUUACAAGUAUAGCAGCUCGCACAAUAGGGAUUUUAAGCACCACUUUCAUGUUUGAACAGCUAUUUUAUAAAAGUAGACAUCUAAUACACGUGUAAUAAUGGGAGGGACGGCAAUCGGCUCACUAAAUAGGACAUGAGUAACACAAAUUAAGGUCAAACCUGAAACAAAAAAGAAACGCAACAAAACAUUGUUGUUAUCUUGCGUUCAUCUAUUUUUAUAUUUGACCUAACUUUGUUUUACCCAUUUCCCAUCUAAAACAACGCUUCCGUUUAUGAAAACCUACACAGCGUUCAUCUCAAACAGCAAUUCCAUCUAUCCGAAAUAAUACAGUAGACAUGCUUAACAUCGUUCCACUUUUAUUCACUUUUCAAAAAAAACAACACCAAAAAAAACAAAAAAAACAGAAAACCAACAAAGGUAUUCGCCUUAAUCACGCCUAUCCGACUAUAUAUAUUAAUCCAGUACACUGGACUGACCAAGCAGGUAGAAUUUUUAAUUUUGUUGCUUCCCUGCCUAUGCAUGGCCACAUCGUAAGCGAUAUUGUUUACACAAAAUUUCAAACGGAAAGAAUGUAUACAUUUAUUUUUUUCUUUAAAAUGAAAAUAAAAAGUUGCAAACUGUAACUGAUCAAGACAAUGUUAAUUAUAAGAUAUGUGUAAUAUAUAUACAUAUAUAUAUAUAUAUAUAUAUAUAUAUAUAUAUAUAUAUAUAUAUAUGUAACGCAUGUUCUGACAUCAUUGUAACUUAGUGGGUUAUGUCAGUAGCAUGGUCACUUGUUUUAUGUUAAUAAUUCAGGAUGCCGGCUAAGACUUCUUUGCUCUUCCACUUACUAUCCAGGCACGCAAAUAAGAAUACUGAAUCCUGGUUAAACUUACAGUACUUUAUUGAAUCACACUUUACACUGAUAAUAUUAAUAAUAAUCCUUGCAUGAAUGUAAUCAUUUCAUAUAUCUAUAUAUAAUAUUCCAUCACUCAGAAAGACACGUCCUCACACUGUUAUAACUCAGCUCAACUGUACAAUAACUCAGCUCUAAUUCAACUGCUACUUUUAUUACCAGCAAAGCGUGGAAAACGACCGCUUUGACAAAAACAUAAUUUUACUCUCCAAAAACGUGGAGCUCACAUUUGCUUCUCAAAAUACAAUCCACUCUCUCUCUCUCGUGGAAAAACAUGGUCAACACAAUUCACUGUUAACUCAUGCUACCUCUCUGUUUUCUUGUGAAAACAUAGUCUGUUACAUGCCCCACCCAUCUGAAACAAUUUGUGCAACAAAAUUUUUGGCAAAAAUUAUAUGUUGAAAUAAUGAUAAUGUCUCUUAGAAAAUUUCAAUCCCACAUCUAUCAAUCAAAUAAGUGUAACAACAUUAACAUUUCAUCAUUAUGAAAUACAGGGCCUUUGACUGUUAAUAUCACACAUAAUAGUGAAUAAUUUAUUUUGGCAAAACAAUUUACAAAAUCAUUAAUGACAACCUCUUAAAAUUCUUAUGUAUGUUAAUGUGAAAUGACAUUGACAUCUUAAUGAUUAAUAAACACUGCAAAAUGAAUGUAACAACCUUAAAUUUUGCAUUCGAUAAUUUACAAUUGGUUAAAAUCUGAUAUUCAUUUACAAAAUUGAUAUGUACAAGUGUAUUUUCAAAAAAACUGAUUGAACGUAUGUGUGUAUCUUCAUUUAGAAUGUCAACAAUUUAUAAAAUAGUUCUGUAUUGACAAUUACCAUAUUUGAAAAAUUUUGCUCUUGACAGCUGACAAUUGAUUUAGCAGAAAGUGUUAUGCUAGGUUAGCUAAAAUGGAAUGUUAAGUAUUUCUCCGCACUGAAGAAAAUGACAAUUGUGAUCUGUUACUAUCUCUUUGUCUAUCUCUUUCCAUAAAAUUGUUACUUGCAGUUGUGUAAUGUUCUUCUUUAAACUUGUUUUCUCUGUCUUUGAUUUCAUUUUUGAAUUUUUCAGCCUGUCUGUAUUGUUGAUGAAUAUUACUUCAAUUUAGUCUAAAAAUGUGUUUUGCCCUCUCUGAUUUUUGUUCUGUAUAUGUUUUAUUAAGAAUUCCUUUAUUAUGUUGUCUUGUUAUGCUAUGUGUUGGAUUCAUGUUUAAAUGUCUUCCUCUUAUCCCUUCUGUUAUUAGAUCCAUAUUGUUAUUGCCUAGUUCUUUGAUAUUGACAAUAAUUAAUGGACAAACUGGAUUAUGCAUUACAACAGCUGUUACAGAUCCUGUGAUCCAUGGACAAUCAACUUUGAUUCUAGCUUUCCUACAUUCUAUACUAUUAUUGUUGGUUAGGAUAACUAUUGCUUUUUCAUUUGUGUAGUAGUUGUCACUUACUAAUUUUCUAUCUACUACUAUUGUGGUACAACCAGUGUCUCUGAGACAUUGAACUACUCUGUUAUUAACACUUGCUGGUGAGAAUUUAAGUGUUCCAUCAGUGUGAUAAACACUAGCUGAUGUUUCAUGCGGUGUAUUCUGAUUGUGUGUACUAUUUGUUUGAUUAGUGUUGUGUCUCUGGUGAUCACUUGGUUGGUUUCUAUAUUGUUGUCUACUCCUAUUUGUACUGUUGUAUCUAAUUGGACUACUGUUGGGUGAUGUUCUCUGAUAGUAUUGUUGUGAAUGUCCUAAAUCUUUAUGUAAUUUCCUACACUCAUAUUUCUUGUGACCUGGAAUGCCACAGUAGAAACAUUUGUUGUUGUUUGAGUAAUUAGCUAUUGAUGUCUGGUAAUUAUUUUGAUAAUUUCUCUGAAAAUUCUUAUUUUGCUAUCUGGCGGGUAGGCUGUGGUAUCUUCUGUUUUGAUAAUAUGUGUUUUGUUUUUGUGAGUCCUUAUCAUUGUUUAUGUUUCUUAUGGAAGCUAGUGUGCUAUUUCUAUUAUCUAGCUCUUCAUUGUGGUGAGCAUCUUUAAAUGUUUUUAUGGAGUCUACUAAAUCACGCUCAUUUUUAAUUUUUCUCUGUUUAAGGAACAAAAAUAAAGGAACUGAUGCAUUUCUUAAUAUUUUGUCUAUAAUAAACAUAUCUAGUAAUGCUUUGGGAUCAUUUAGGUCAAUUUCAGUGAGUUCAAGCCAUUUGACAAGAUUAUCUCUAAUAUUGAAUAUGGUGGUGAUAUGGUCUACUUCUCUCUCUAGUCUUAUGUUAUGAAAUUUUUUUCUAUAAAUGUCUUCUGUGUUUCCAUAAAACUUUAACAAAACUUUCUUUAUAUAGGUAUAAUUGUUCUUUUGCUCUUCACUAAGUGAAUUAAUGAUACUUAGGCUUUGUCCUGAUAAUCUGCUCAAUAAAAUAUUUGCCCAAGUCUCUUCCCUAUAAUUGUAAGACUGACAGAUGCCCUCAAAUUGUGACAAAUAACUAAUAAUUUCCUCUUUAUGUUCAUUAAAUUCCCUAAAUUUAGGUUUGUAUGUGCUAUUGGUUUCUCUAUUGCUUGUUGAUGGUGUAUGCUGUCCUGAUUCUAUUCUAGCUCUUUCUAGUUUUAUUUCUUCCUCUCUUAAUUUCAUAUCCUGUUCUUUUAAUUUCAUUUCUUGUUCUUUUAAUUUUAGUUCUUCUAUUUGUUUAAGGUCGCUUCUCUCUAACAGUCUAGCGUCUCGGUCUUUGUCUUUGUCUUGUCUGUCUUUGUCUUCUUUCUGUCUGUCCCUAAUUUUGUCCAUCUCCCUAGUUACGAAGUCAGAUAACUUCUCCUGCUUUAUGCCAAGUUUCUCGGCUACUUCAAAUAGUUCUAAGUACUCUGCCAUUUUUUAAUUAUUAUGUGUUUGAGUAACUAAAAUAAUAUAUUGGUAUGUAUAAGUAUAUAUGUUAUUUCCUUAUUCUUUAGUUAUCAAUUAAAAUAGUUCACAAUAUUACAUUAUAUUUACAUGUUCAUGAAUGAAUACAAAAUGCAAGUUAAUAAUUAAUUAAAUGUAAGCAAAAUUUAAAAAAAUAAUUAAAUUGUCUACUUCACGACAUAAAUACAGAUAUGAAGACGUUUACAUGAAUACGAAUGAGACAAUAAAUACAAAAGUACUGUUUAGUUUAUGGACCACAAGAUAGUAGAAAAUAUGACAGUAGGUUUGACAGUAUGUAUGACAAUGACAAGACAAAUAGAACAAAUCUGACAAGAUCUACUAAAAACAACAGUUAUGACAAUGUAGAAACUAGACUUCACAACUAACACAAAAUUAUCCUACAGUGUUAUAAAUAGGGCCAGAAGAAACCUUUACUGUUUUAAUAAAAAAACUUCCCUAGGAAAGAUAACACCGUGGAUAUCCCUAAAGUACACUCUAAAAUUAAACUUAUAAUAUACAGAAAAAGUAAAAAAUUUACUUAAUCUAAUUAAGUAUGAUAUAAGUAGAUUUUUAAAGUCUUAAAUUAUAUAUAAUACAUAACACAUAAUAUAUAUAAAUACCAAGUGUCCAAAAGAAAUCUGUAGUUGGUCACCUCUGCUCCUCUGUGACGCUAUGAUUUCUGUGUAGUCGAUAAUCCUUCUAUGUAGUAGAUAAUCCUUCUAUGUAGUAGAUAAUCCUUCUAUGUAGUAGUGUACUUGUGUAAAUAAUCCAAUGAGAAAGUUACAAACAAACUGCUUCAAUAAUCCAAUGCAAGUACCUUGCGUAAUAUAAGUAAUAGUGUAAUAAUCCAAUUGAAAAUGGUGUACUUUCUCUCCGAUUCUGUUGAACUUCUGAGUAAUUAAAGAAUUACUUGACUUGAAUUGCGCACUAGGCUAUGUGCAGCUUAUAUAAAGUAAAGAUUCUGCUGGGGAAAUCUUAUUUUCGAUGUCUUGGUACACACAUCUCAUCUGUAAUAACGGCAGACUUCUGUUGGUCUUGUGUAGUGAAUCAUCUCUUUCUUGCGUUGACUAAUGACGUUGACCAUUCGAAUAUGUAGGCUUAUAGUUAAAUUUUUGCUACAGUUGUAGAUAACUUGAAUCUUGAAUACUUCUUCUAUGCUGAUUGUUCAGUCUAUUUGACAUUAACUGUAUUAUUUGCCUCUUUGUAUUUAUUCCCUUUGAAAUUAUUACUAAAAUAGAUUUCUUGCUGUUGUGUUUCUCCAACCGGGUGUGUUCACUCCGCUAAGUAGGCUAAAUAGUUGAAGCUGUGUACCAGUUAUUUGAACUCUUGACUCUUGACUCCGGUGACUGACCUAAAUUGGUUGUCGUCGGCUAGCUCUGUUACUUGUAGUAUUUAUUUCAAUUGUUAUUUAUGUACACACUUUGAUAUGUUGCUAGUUCCAUUUGUAACACAUUAAAAUAAUUGUUAUAAGUUUACUUUUAGGCUUAUGAUAAUAAUUUUCGGCUACAGUUGUAAUUGAUGAACGUCCUACUUCUUUACCAUGCUUUUUGUGUGUAGUAGACUCGUCUCAGACUUGAUUGAUACACGGGAGUAAUGGCGUUCUAUGUAUUCUUCCGCUCGAAUGUUAAAAUAUAUCGUUGUUACUCAAUGUUCUGUAACACACUUCUGAUACCAUUUGUAACGCAUGUUCUUACAUCAUUGUAACUUAGUGGGUUAUGUCAGUAGCAUGGUCACUUGUUUUAUGUUAAUAAUUCAGGAUGCCGGCUAAGACCUCUUCGCUCUUCCACUUACUAUCCAGGCACGCAAAUAAGAAUACUGAAUCCUGGUUAAACUUACAGUACUUUAUUGAAUCACACUUUACACUGAUAAUAUUAAUAAUAAUCCUUGCAUGAAUGUAAUCAUUUCACAUAUAUAUAUAUAUAAUAUUCCAUCACUCAGAAAGACACGUCCUCACACUGCUAUAACUCAGCUCAACUGUACAAUAACUCAGCUCUAAUUCAACUGCUACUUUUAUUACCAGCAAAGCGUGGAAAACGACCGCUUUGACAAAAAAAUAAUUUUACUCUCCAAAAACGUGGAGCUCACAUUUGCUUCUCAAAAUACAAUCCACUCUCUCUCUCGUGGAAAAACAUGGUCAACACAAUUCACUGUUCACUCAUGCUACCUCUCUGUUUUCUUGUGAAAACAUAGUCUGUUACAAUAUAUAUUGUAACAGAGCGGUUUUUACGGAGGAGGGCUCAGGUCCUGACUUGUCACCAACUAUCUUGAGUUAAUAGCGGUCAGUACAGGACCGUUCCACUCUGUGAUUUAUAAUGUGGGUGUCUAGGCGCUGGAAAAUGACAAAAGCUCACGGGGACUUGAACGAAAUCCAACAACUCAAACUUCAGGUGUUCGAUGAUAAAAUAAACAAUAUUUAUUAUUAAAAUGAAAAUCUCUUCAAAGUCUUCACUAACUGCCAGCUAUCUAUGUGAAUCUCUAAAGCUUUGAUUGUUUAACUGUAUCCUUUCAACUCCUGAUCUGUCUCGACUGUUCUAACGCCACACUACUGCUAUACCUCUCAACUCCAUGGUAUCGAAAAACUUCUCCCUUACAUUUGUUCGUCGUGUGACUAUAGACUCUACUAGCCGACCAUCCCACGGUCAUUGAAUUGCCACAUCAUUAAAGACAACAUUCCCCUACCAGAUCAUUUACACCCGGACGUCUAUGCCAUGUCCCUACGCAGCUAUUAGCGUCUAUCACGUUGAGACUUUUACUAUUACUGAUCAUUACUCUAUGGUCCCCUGGUCUUCGUGAACACUCCAUUUCCACCUGCAAACUAAAAACGUGUUAAUCGAAAACAUUUGUGAUACCCGUUCCCACACUGUGCACCAAACUAUCAUGUCUUCCUUGUACUACCAAAAACUCUGCCGAGGUCAGGCCAACAAUUCCCUAAUCCAUUGUACCUUUGUGAGGCACCCACGCCCAUCGGUUCCGUCUCCAGCAUGGUCAUUUGUGACAUAUAUAUAUAUAUAUAUCUCCACACCAAAAUACAAUAUCUUAAAUUUUCAAUGAAAUCUUAAAAGCAUGAGGUGGUAACUGAGUAAUUAUUCUUAUCAUACACUGCGAGGUAAACAUAAUACAGGCGCUUUCUGUUUUUCUUCCAAAGUGACUUUACUUUGUGAGCUUCGUUUCAGUUCCAGCUUGGCUCCCAUUACAAUGACAUUUUAUUCAAGCGAUAUGUGUGUUUUGUAUAACAGUGACAAGAGCCGUCUUGCACUGGAAACCAGAAAUGGUCAAACACGUUUUGACUCCGUGCCACAUAAUUGUCCUCGGGGAGUUAAGGGACGUAGCCAGUUCUAAGGCUACAGUUGAAUUGUUUUACAAAGCCAAAAAUAUAAAAUUGUCCCCAAUGAUUUAGCCUCGAGCAUAUAGAACGAUAAACUCCUAGCCCCCCCCCCCCGGACGUAGCCAGUUCUAAGGCUACAGUUUAAUUGUUUUACAAAGCCAAAAAUAUAAAAUUGUCCCCAAUGAUUUAGCCUCGAGCAUAUAGAACGAUAAACUCCUAGCCCCCCCCCCCCCUUCCAACACCCCCCUCAUCUUUGAACCCAUAAACAUGAAUUUGUGUUAACACUUCACCGACACAAAAAAUUGAGCCGAUUUAAAAAAACAAACAAAAAAAUCUGUUUGAUUUUGUAUGAGAAAUUGCAUUCUCGAAGUGGACAUAUAAUGUAUUUAUUCAUCCCUGUACAUACUGAUGUCCUUAAUAUUGACCUAAACAAAGAAAAAAAAACCCUGUCAUUUUUAAAUAACACGUUUCGUUCAACAUUAAGAUGACAUCGAUGUUGUUUAAAUUGUUACUUCGAUAUCCCAUGAAACAGAAUGCCCCCAGAACUGCCCAAAGAAAUUGUGCGGUCAAGAUACUGGAACGUGUGCAGGAGGCUGCACACCAGGAUUUCACGGGAAGGACUGCAAAUCAGGUGAAGGUUUCUUUUUUUUUUAAAGUGAUGAAAUGUCACAAAACAUGGAAUAUGGAUAAGGAAUAAUAGUGCCGUCUUAAAGGCAUGGGCACGCCGAGCACUUGACCCAGGGUGUCACACUUCUAGGGGGCAUAACAGCCCCUUAAGAAAAGGGACUCACACCUCUAGGGGCAUUAUUCUUCAAAUAUUAUCGUUUAAUACUAAAAAAAAUUUGAGACAUUGUUUUGCUUCCAAAAUGACGGUAGGAAGUCGUUGCUCUCCAGUCUAUUGAACCAAUUUUCUAUUGUCACACCGGUUCACUAUUUUUGGUUUGGUACUAGCUUUGGAAAAAAGGUUUCUUCUUAUGAAUCAUCAAUUUUAAAAUAACCAUCAAUUAUUUUCUUGUUUUGGGAUGAGUUAUUCAAAGAGUCUUACGUUGUUGAACUAUAAAGAUUCUAGGGCUAAAACUAAGCUAGGGCUAAAAGCAUACCCUUAGGGGGCUCUCCACUACCAGAAUCUAUUUCUUGUUAUGCAUGGUGGUGGCGACGAGGUCAGAUCGGUGCUGAUGGUGACCUAUCCGCUUCCCCCGAACGCCUGGAAUACUAAGCUGUUCAAAACUCAUAGGCUGAGCAAGGCAAAAAUGCAUUUUAUUAAAAAAAUACUUGUAAUGUCGGCUUUAGACAGCAGUUCCCAUGGAAGCGGCGCCCAGGACGAUCGGUAAGACAGUUUUGUCGCCCAUGUCCAUGUGAAGUACAUGGGAUUUUUUUCGUUUAAUUCAACUAUUAAUGACCUAUAUAUCUUAAAACGAUUUUGUCGACACUUGAUUUUGGCCACAUGUUUAAUUUGCCCUCUUGCCUCUUUCUGAGUAUACAUAGGGAUAGGGCCUCGGUGCGUUGCUGUGCUCAGAGCUCAGGCUGCUGUAGAGACGGCCCUGGCUAUACCCAACUCAAAACAUCCCUUCCAUGUAUGCAUAGUGACACGAUAGCCAUCCGAAACAUCCUUUCCAUGAAAACACGCUAGCACAAAAGCCACCCACAAAAACAAUAACAAAACAAACAAAAACAUUUCUACGUAUACGUACUAAUACAGCAUCCAUCCCAAGCAUCUCUUUAACAUACACGCACUCAGACAGCAUCCAUCCCAAGCAUCUCUUCAACGUACACGCACUCAGACAGCAUCCAUCCCAAGCAUUUCUUCCACGUAUACGCACUUAUACAGCAUCCAUCCCAAGCAUUUCUUCCAAGUACACGCACUAACACAGCAUCCAUUCCAAGCAUCUCUUCCACGUAUACGUACUUACACAGCAUCCAUCUCAAGCAUCUCUUCCACAUACACGCACUAACACAUCAACCAUCCCAAGCAUCUCUUCCACAUACACGCACUAACCCACCACCCAUCCCAAGCAUCUCUUCCACGUACACGUAGUAACACAGCAUCCAUCCCAAGAAUCUCUUCCACGUACACGCACUCACACAGCAUUCAUCCCAAGCAUCUCUUCCACGUACACACACUCACACACCAUCCAUCCCAAGCAUCUCUUCCACGUAUACACAGUGACAUUGCAGUCUCCCAAACAUCACUUCACAUGUUUUACAAAUAAACGCAGCAACCAUCUUGAAACAACUUGACCGUGAACAUAAACUAAAGCAUGACGCACCUCUAACAACAGUUUAAACGUUCUAACUAAUACAGCAUACACCUUAAACAUCCCUUCUGUGUAACCAAACAAGCUAUUUUUUUUUUUAAAUAGUAUUUUUGUAUACUCUAACACAUUAGCCAUCCCGAAGAUCUCUUUCGUGUAUGGAAAAACAUUGCCAUCUUAAAGACCCCAUUCAUGUUUGCACACUAACGCAGAAGACAUUUAAGAUACACAUUCUGCUAUGCAUACACCAACACAAAGGUGGCAUCUAAACAACAAAACCUUACAUUUUAAAAAUUCUACACAGCAACCUUCUCAAUUUACCCUUCCAUCUAUACACAGCAGCACAAAAGUCAUAUUAUUUAUAAUUUCACUCUUAUUCACUUUUCUAAAAAAAAAAUAUAUGUAUAAAAAAUCAAAACAAACAUAUUCAUAGUAAUCACACUUAUUCAAUUGAAUAUAUCCGGUACACUGGACCGAUGUAAGAAGUAGAAUUUCAAUUAAAAUAUAUGUAUAUAUAUAUUAUAUAUAAAUACUUUUUUGACGUUUCGCCGCCUAUGCUUAGCCGCAUUUUAAGCCAUGCUAUUAUUAAAAAUUUCAAACAGAAAAAAAAAGCAUAAUUAUAUUUUUCUUUCAAUUAGAAAUUUUACGUUGCAAAAGUCUAGGAUAUCCAAACAAUGUGAACUAUAACAUAUCGAGAUAAAGGGAAAAAAACGACUGGAAUUUCACUAAUCACAAUGCAUUUGAUAUUAACAUGACACUGAGUUGGGUUUAAAAUGUUACUUUGAUAUCACUUCACAAAGCAUGCCCCACAAACUGCCAUAACAAAGAGUGCGCUCAAGACACAGGAUUGUGUACAGCCGGCUGCAAACCAG